UGUGUUAUCCUCCAGAGCUGCACUCACUAUUCUGCUGUUACAUCAAGUCUUAUCCUCAGGUCACCUCCAGAGCUGCACUCACCAUUCUGCUCUUACAUCAUGUGUUAUCCUCCAGAGCUGCACUCACUAUUCUGCUUACAUCAUGUGUUAUCCUCCAGAGCUGCACUCACUAUUUUGCUCUUACAUUAUCUCUUAUACACCAGUCACCUCAAGAGCUGCACUCACUAUUCUGCUGUUACAUCAAGUCUUAUCCUCAGGUCACCUCCAGAGCUGCACUCAGUAUUCUGCUGUUACAUCAAGUCUUAUCCUCAGGUCACCUCCAGAACUGCACUCACCAUUCUGCUCUUACAUCAUGUGUUAUCCUCCAGAGCUGCACUCACUAUUCUGCUCUUACAUCCUGUGUUAGCCUCCAGAGCUGCACUCACUAUUCUGCUCUUACAUCCUGUGUUAGCCUCCAGAGCUGUACUCACUAUUCUGCUCUUACAUUAUGUCUUAUACACCAGUCACCUCAAGAGCUGCACUCACUAUUCUGCUGUUACAUCAAGUCUUAUCCUCAGGUCACCUCCAGAACUGCACUCACUAUUCUGCUCUUACAUCAUGUCUUAUCCUCCAGAGCUGCACUCACUAUUCUGCUCUUACAUCAUGUCUUAUCCUCCAGAACUGCACUCACUCUUCUGCUGUUAUUCCUUACUUUAGUCUCAAGCAGAAGUUACUGUGAGAGAUGACCGUGUCAUUGGAUGGUAUUAACCCCCUUAAUAUUCUGUAUUCCUUUGUCAGGGGAGACGCAGGGCGAGGCGGUGACGGCGCGAUGGCUGCUGAAGGGACGGACGCGGAGGUCACUGGGCGCACAUGACAAGGUGGCUCCAGCCCGGGGGGAGAUCUUGGUGACGUCAGAAGGAAGACAUCUCAUCCUGGAGGUGGAGAGGAACCACCUCCUUCUUCCUCCGGGGAUCACGGAGACGCACUACACAGAGGACGGAGAGGAGGUGACUGUGACCCUCAACCACACGGCGCACUGUUACUACCAUGGUCAGGUGAAGGGUCACGAGGGGUCUUCGGUGGUCCUCAGUACCUGCUCAGGGAUCAGCGGCCUCAUUGCCCUGGACGCCAACAACAGCUUCUACCUCCACCCUGUGGCCGGGCAGAACUCCGGAGCCCACAUGUUGUACCAGACCAAGCACCUGCCCAUUAAAGGAGGGAGCUGUGGGCAUGAAGGGCACCCGCAUCCUGCCACCUCUCACUUGGAUGACUUCAUCUCCCAGCCCGGGCACCACAGGAUGAAGAGGAACGUCUGGGGGGCUCAGAAGUACAUGGAACUCUAUAUUGUCGCUGAUCACUCCAUGUUCAGGAAACAAAACAACGAUCUGGGGAAAACAAAGCAUCGUAUUAUGGAGAUUGCCAACUUUGUAGACAAGUUUUACAUGUCGAUGAACAUCAAAGUUGCUCUUAUCGGACUGGAGGUGUGGACAACGGGCGACCAGUGUGACAUCCAGGAUGAUGCCAACCAUAGUCUGAGAACGUUCCUGACCUGGAAGCAGAAACUGAGGACCAAGAAGAAGCAUGACAAUGCCCAGCUGAUCACGGGUGUAACCUUCAAAGGAACGACCAUCGGAAUGGCGCCCCUAGAGGGAAUGUGUACGGCCGAUAAUUCUGGAGGAGUCAGUAUGGACCACAAUUUGUUGGCGAUUGGAGCAGCGGCCACCAUGGCUCACGAGAUUGGACACAACUUUGGAAUGAGUCAUGACAAGGAGUACUGCUGUGUGGAGGCCACUUCCAAGGAAGGAGGUUGCAUCAUGGCUGCUGCCACUGGAUUGCCCUUCCCACGUAAGUUCAGUUCGUGCAGCCAACAGCAGUUGCGCAGUUACUUCCAGAAAGGUGGCGGUAUGUGCUUGUUCAAUAUGCCGGACACCAAGGACCUGGUGAUGGGGAAGAAGUGCGGAAAUGGCUUCUUGGAAGAGGGAGAGCAGUGCGACUGUGGAGAGCCGGAGGAAUGCACCAAUCCUUGCUGCAAUGCCAAAGACUGCACCUUGAAGGAAGGAGCCCAGUGUGCCCAUGGAGACUGCUGCCAGGACUGCAAGUUAAAAACAGCUGGGAUCCUCUGUCGUGAGAAGUCAGGAGCCUGUGACCUGCCAGAGUUCUGCCGAGGAGACAACCCCUUCUGCCCGGCCAAUGUGUACAUGCUGGACGGCUCGCCCUGUGCCUAUGGUGAGGCCUACUGUAUGAACGGCAUGUGCCUGACGCACGGUCAGCAGUGUGUGCACCUCUGGGGACCAGGAGCACGGCCGGCACAGGACAUCUGCUUCGUUGAUGUGAACAAGGCCGGGGAUCAAUACGGGAACUGUGGAAAAGAUGGAAAGGGACAAUUUGUCAAGUGUAAAGCCAAAGAUGCCAAGUGUGGAAAAAUCCAGUGCGAGAGCAGCGCCCAGAAACCCAAACACGAUAAUACAGUUUCCAUGGACACCACCAUCCACUUCAAUGGACACGAGGUGAAGUGUCGAGGCACGUACUCCUAUUCAUUGCCGGAAGGAGAUGGUGACUCUUCCGACCCAGGACUAGUCAUGACUGGGACCAAGUGUGGAGAUGGCAUGGUGUGUAAAGAUCGACAAUGCCAGAACGCAUCCUUCUUCGAAUGGGAUCAAUGCAUAGCUCGAUGCAAUGGUCAUGGGCUGUGCAACAGUAACAAAAACUGCCAUUGUAAUGCUGGCUGGGGUCCUCCAUACUGUGAAUCUUCUGGACAAGGAGGAAGCAUUGACAGUGGGCCAGUUCCAGAUGACUUUCAAGAAGGUCUUAUCGUCUUCCUGCUACUCCUGUUCCUGGUCAUCAUUCCUCUUAUUGUCUUUGGGAUCUACUACUGGUACAGAAAACCAGAUUCUCAGCUGAAGAAAUGGGUCAACAAGAGCAGAGCAAAGUGCAGUUUGGCAAAAUCUAAUCACCAGUAUCCGGGCAGAGGACAUUCUAACACAAUCUUCACUCAGCGCAACCUCAGCCCACCGGCUGCUUCUCCAGCCAUGCAAAAGAGCUCCUGGACCACUUUCCAUGGGAAAAAUGGAACCCCACAGGUCAACUCCCAGCCGGUCAACAUUGUGCGUCCAUUGUUACCACCAAGCAGCCAGUCACCCAAGAUCACCAUCCAGCUGAAGCCAUCAAGACCUCCUCCUCCUCCAGUCAAGUCCUCCCCGGUCAUACCACCCAAACAGGACAAUCAAUUCACAAAACUCCUGCCCCCUAAGAAGCCCCUACCCUCAUGUCCUGUCCGGACCCCACAGUUGAACCCCCCUCGAAAGCCACUUCCUGGAAACCCCGUCCAGAAAGAAGGUCUUCUGGUAAAGACACCAUGUACAAAAGUCAAACCUCCCCUCACCAAUUCAGCCAUGCAGAUGAAAGUCUCAAACUGGCCAAAGCCGGGGAGCAGAGUGCAGGCGACAGCUGCAGCCUUCCUCCAGAAACAAUGAUGGAGUCAGGGAUCCAAGAGUGGGAGACAAAGCCAGGAACUAGGAGAUACACUAUCCCGAUAUUUGCACUGUGAGGAUGGACAACAAAAAACUUUAAUCAGUCAAGGAAGGUGAUCAUACUGGACCACGAACGGCACUGCGUUGUGUAUUGCACUGAGGUACUUCAUUGAAAAACUUCCAUGGUCUUCAAGGAUGUUUUGGGAAUGAUACCCUGAAUCCCACUGUGGCUUCAACACAAUGACACAUAGGAAUGUUCUACUGGAUCUGAAGACUUCCAUCAUUCCUGUGGACCUAUACUUUGUCAGUGCCUUAUAGCUCUAGGAUAUGCAAGAAUAUAGAGAGAGACUGUGCUCCGAGCUGAUCCAUGUUUCAUCCUUCACCCGUGAGGAGAAAAGUAAUACGUCUCACCAUAACCCUCUACCAAACCCUACCACAUAUGGCUGAUACAUCCAAUGUCUUCUCGUGUAGACUUAAAGGAAAUAUGUCACCAAAUGUGAUUAUUUUUUUUUUUUAGAGGUUAAAUCAUUUUUUGAAUUUUUUUUUUUAUAUUUUUGAAAAUAUUUUUUUUAAAAAUGUACUUGUCACAAAAUAUGUCAAAUUAAAUUAAUAAUUUCUUAUUUCUCCCACUGUUGACCAGCAGAGGGAGCUAACAUGAGGAAUCUGGUGAAAUCAAGCAAGUGGUCUGGAUGCUGCUAAUUAGGCCUCGCCCGUCUACCUUCCUCCUCUGUGAAAAAGGAGAAGGGGGAGGGGGUUUUGUAGUUUUUUUCAAUUUAACUGUCACCAUUUUGUUGGUGUCUGAAGAGUGCGGUGGGGCUAUGACGUCACGAGCUCCCGGUGUCCACUCAAGCAUUCGGAGCAGCGGAGUACCCCUUUAAGAAGAAGAUCCUAAGCAGUAAAGGACUGUUUAUAGUCAAUCCUUCCACCAUGACCCUCAGUAUUUCCUACCAUUAUUGUAAUUCCAUAUAAAGUCUAAGUCCAUGCACCUUUUUUGUGGACUUAUGGUUCAAGAAGAACACAUCGAGAGACCAUAACUUCAACCUUUGUGAUGUAUAGGGUGCCAUAUUGUUACACACCUGUGCCAUGUAUAUAGGUUACUCUAUACAGUAUGAUUGUAUAGUCUAUAGAUCUUCAUGUGACAUACAAUGUAUCAAUAUUCAGUGCAGAUAUGUUAUUAUAGGACAUCGAUAGGCGGUCAGAGGACUAUAUCGGAUACUAUGUGCCUCAAUGUUUCCGCUAAGAGUUUACAUUGUCCUCUGACAUCAUAGGAAGAGUGCAAUAUGCAGAGAGUAUUAUAUAUAUUUAGAUAGGACCUGGUGCUGAUAUUUUGGAUACUCACAUUGUCACAUUCUGUAGACCAGUGGCUGCCGAAACUACUACUCCCAGCAGGAUGGAGCCACAGGUUUGCGGGUUGACCUUACUUUUGUUGCCUAGAAUAUUUUAUGGUCUCAGUUUUCGACUUAAAGACCUUGGUACUUUUUUUUUACAUUAUUAUUAUUUUGUUUUAUAAAUAUCGCGUCUGCAUUUUUUUUUUACCUCCGCAGAGCGAUAAUGAUAUUUUUGAUAUAGUGAUAUGAUAUUGUUGAUAUUUAAAGCUUCCCCUUUAAUGUAUUUAUUUGCCAUAAUGGGAAUCACUAACGUCAGUCUACUGGGCAGUAAUGCGUUUUGGGAUUGGCGGUGAAGUAAUUACUGAGGCGUACCGCGCUUUAAUGCCAGAUUUAUAUAGGAAGCAAGUUAUGUAUUCUCUGCUUAAGACAUGUGGUGACCUGGUUUUAUUGCAAGUCUGGGACACGGCCAUGGGGUCUGCACCGUUGUAGCAGUUGUGACCUGUUAUUUAUUGAAAGUACAGGGGAUGGCCAUGGGGUA